AUGAACCACUCGCCGCUCAAGACCGCCCUGGCCUACGAAUGCUUCCAGGACCAGGACAACUCGACGCUGGCCCUGCCGUCGGACCUGAAGAUAAAGACCGGCACGUCGGGCCAGCAGCGCGUGCAGGAGCAGGUGAUGAUGACCGUCAAGCGGCAGAAGUCCAAGACUUCCCAGUCGUCCACCCCGAGCCACUCCAUCCGAGGUUCCAUGUAUGACGGCCUGGCCGACAAUUACAACAGCUGCGGGACCACCGGCCGAAGCAGCUACUACUCGAAGUUCCAGGCGGGGAACGGCGCGUGGGGCUAUCCGAUCUACAAUGGGACCCUUAAGCGGGAGGCAGACAACAGGCGCUUCAGCUCCUACAGCCAGAUGGAGACCUGGGGCCGGCAGUACCCCCGCAGCAGCUGCGUUCCCCCCUGCGCCGGCAGCGACAUCUGCUUCAUGCAGAAGAUGAAGGCCAGCCGCAGCGAGCCCGACCUCUACUGCGACCCCCGCGGCACCCUGCGCAAGGGCACGCUGGGCAGCAAGGGCUUCAAGACCGCCCAGAACCGCUACAGCAUCUAUAGCACCUGCAGCGGCCAGAAGGGGGCCAAGAAGUACCCGGUGCGCCCGCCCUCCUGCACCUCCAAGCAGGACCCCGUGUACGUCCAGCCCAUCACCUGCACCAAGGACCAGUCCUUCAGCCACUCAAGGGUCAGCUCCAAGAUCUGCAGCGAGGACGUUGAGUGCAGCGGGCUGACCAUCCCCAAGGCCGUGCGGUGCCUGACCUCCCCGGACAAGAAGUGCCAGGCCAUCGGGGCCUAUUACAUCCAGCACACCUGCUUCCAGGAUGAGUCUGCCAAGCAGCAGGUGUACCAGCUGGGCGGCAUCUGCAAGCUGGUGGACCUUCUCCGCAGCUCCAACCAGAACGUGCAGCAGGCCGCGGCUGGGGCCCUGCGCAACCUGGUGUUCCGCAGCACCACGAACAAGCUGGAGACUCAGAGGCAGAGCGGCAUCCGCGAGGCCGUCACCCUCCUGAGGAGUACCAGCUGCAUGGAGAUCCAGAAGCAGCUGACCGGACUGCUCUGGAACCUGUCCUCCACCGACGAGCUAAAGGAGGAGCUGAUCUCGGAAGCCCUGCCCGUCCUGGCUGACCGGGUCAUCAUCCCGUUCUCCGGCUGGUGCGAUGGCAACAGCAACGUGCCCCAGAAAGCCGUGGACCCUGAGGUCUUCUUCAAUGCCACCGGCUGCCUGAGGAACCUGAGCUCCGCAGACACGGGGCGCCAGGCCAUGCGCAACUACACGGGUCUCAUUGACUCCCUCAUGGCCUACAUCCAGAAAUGUGUGGCAGCCGGCCGCUGUGACGACAAGUCUGUGGAGAACUGCAUGUGCACCCUGCACAACCUCUGCUACCGCCUGGACACCGAGGUGCCCACCCGCUACCGCCAGCUGGAGCACAACGCCCGCAAUGCCUACACCGAGAAGUCCUCCACCGGCUGCUUCAGCAGCAAGAACGGCAGGAUGAUGAACGACAACUACGACUGCCCCCUUCCUGAGGAAGAGCCCAACCCCAAGGGCAGCAGCUGGCUGUACCACUCGAACGCCAUCCGCACCUACCUGAACCUCAUGGGCAAGAGCAAGAAGGACGCCACCCUGGAGGCCUGCGCCGGCGCCCUGCAAAACCUGACCGCCAGCAAGGGGCUGAUGUCCAGCGGCAUGAGCCAGCUGAUCGGGCUGAAGGAGAAGGGCCUGCCUCACAUCGCCAAGCUCCUGCAGUCGGGCAACUCGGACGUGGUGCGGUCCGGAGCGUCCCUCCUGAGCAACAUGUCCCGCCACCCCGCGCUGCACAGGGCGAUGGGGAACCAGGUGUUCCCGGAGGUGACCAGACUCCUUAGCAGCCAUACCGGCCACACCAGCAACUCGGAGGACAUCCUGUCCUCGACCUGCUACACCGUGAGGAACCUGAUGGCGUCGCAGCCUGCGAUGGCCAAGCAGCACUUCUCCAGCGACAUGAUCUGCAACGUCAUCAACCUGUGUCGCAGCAGCACCUCCCCCAGGGCUGCAGAGGCCGCCCGACUCCUCCUGGCUGACAUGUGGUCCAGCAGGGAGCUGCAGGGGGUCCUCAGACAGCAAGGUUUCGAUAGGAGCAUGCUGGGAACCUUAGCUGGGGCCAGCAGCCUCAGGAACUUCUCCUCCCGAUUCUAA